CACACGACCAACCAACGAUGAUGAUGACCACGUACCCUCUUCCCUUCCUUGUCUUCCUCCUGCUCUUCCUCUUGGUUCGGCUGUGCGCCGCAGAGCGGCUGCCACUGUUGUUGUUUGAUGAGCAGACGCUGGGGGAGCUGAGGCAGGAUGGUGUCAGCAGCGGCGCGUCAGGGUCAUCGUCGUCCUUGCCUGCACGCAAGCUGGCGGCGUUGCUUGCACGCACGCACAACUGGCAGCAGCACCGCAGCCUCAACCUGCACCAUUGGCUUGCACCAAGCGCACCACCGCAGGUUGUGGAGCCCACAGACAUGUGGCCGCUGCAAGCGCUGACAGCACGCAUCCGGCGGCCCACCACCGACACGGACGCCAUCUCUGCGUUGAUCCAGGUGCUUGACGCCCACUGGACAACGGAACAACAAGGCCACCACGACCAUGGCGGUGGUGUCGCCGGUGGUGGUGGCGCUGGGGAAGAUGGCGUGCUGUUUGGUGGCGGUGACGGUGCACAGCAGGACCCGCAUUGCUCCGCGCAUGCUGCGGUAACAGGCGGGCGGUUCGCCGCCAUCGUGGAGCUGGGCUUGCGCCAGCGGCAGUGGGGCGAUCGCGCUAGUAACGAUGGUGCGUGCCUGUGCACCUCCGAGGAAACGUGCGAGGAGCCGUGUCAUCACGUACUUGCUGCAGUUCGCGCAGCCCGUGCAGUGCUGAACGUCGUGCUCACAGCGGACCUCAUCUUCGAAGCGUGCGCCCCCCACGAGCAGGCCUUCAUCGCUGAGCAUGUGCUGCGAGACGUUGCCAGCCUGCUGCGAGCGCGCCAGUGCCUGCAGUCCGUGUCGCUGUCUCUGGAUCCGGCCUGGGUGGCGACAAACGAGGCCAUCUUUGCCGGCUCCCUCUUCCUCACCCAUGUGCGCCACAACCACGCCGCGGUGUCUGCCCGCGUAUCAGCUUCCCUGCUCUCUAUGGAUGCGCUUGCAGCUGCCGAGACGUGGGUGCGAGACGCGUGGUCCCACCUCCGCACGGGCCUGCUGCUGCUCAACGACCACAUGCGCGAUGGGAGCCUGGAUGGCGGGCUCGGUCGCACCCUCCUGCUCUCCCAGUGCUUCUUCGAGGCCAUGCUUAUGGCCCAGCGCAGCGUGCUUGCGCCAAAGCUGGCCACGCUCCCCAUGGCGUGGGUCAAAGCACAUUUGCAGUACAUUGAGGCCACCGUCUGGCCCCACUUGAGAAGGAACACUGCACGCUCUCGGGACAGCAACAGCGAGGCACCGCCCUCCCUGCCCCUUGGCCAAACGUGUGUGACGCACUUGGCCUGCAGCCCCGCGGCCCACCUCCGCUUCAUUGACACGCACCUCCUUCGCAACGGCGAGGCAACCUGGCUUGCAGACCGCGUAUCAGAGGCUGAGCUUGGGCUUGACAGCUCUCAUGGUGAAGGGGACGCCAGCAUGCAGUUUGAAUCACGUCACGAGGGCAAAGGCAGCGCCGAUAACGUGUGCAUGUUCUCGCUGUUGAUGGAGCUCGCCUCCUUUGACCCACAGCAGCCGUCCAUCACCCCCUUUUCCGUCACUCGCAACGCCUGGGUUCGUCGCUUUCACCACCAAGGCCUGACCGUGUUGAGCCUGCAAGCACAAGACAACACCGCACCCUCCCUGUUUGCCAUGCGAUCUGGGUUUCCCUCUGGCGACGUUGCUGCUAUCGCUCGCACGAUCGCCAACAGCGCAUACGCACACAUGAUCCCUGACCUCGUCUCUCUCAUCCACUCCACCGCACACCAAGAAGGGUCGUUUGUGUUUUCGCCCGGAGGAGCGCCGUUCAUCAUUGCACCACGGGGUGUCACGGGCAAUGUCAUGCUUGUGCGGUCUCCAUCACCACCACUGCCGCAGGAGCCGGUUGAACAGCCUGUGGAUGUGGAGCGAGACGAGGAUGAAGCAGCAGCGUUUCACAUGUGCGCGGGCAAUGAUGACUUGGUGCCAGUUCUGGACACGGAUUUGUACGAGCAUUUGGGGCCGGCGGCGGGCGACUGGCGCGGUGUGCGGGCAAUGUUGAUGGAAGAAGCAGAAGGAGCUGCAGGUGCAGGAGCAGAUGAGACAGAUGCAACCGUGCCAAUACCACCAGCACACCCGCGGCUGUUGUAUUCGUCUGCGUUUGCGUCUCAGGCGCUGGUUGUUGCUGUAACAACGCCAACGCACAUGGGUCGCCAUCCAAACCUGCAGUGCAGCGUGCGCGUGGCGUUUCUGCCAUUUCCCGACACGCUGAUUCUCAUCGACAUGGCGAUGCUUGCAAGCACCGGCUCGGCGCCCGUCUCAGGCACAGUGGAGCAGCAGUUUCGCAGCACAUUCCCCUGGGACCCAACGCCAACACCGCAAGCGGCGGUGCCACCCACGGCAUCAACGAUGGCCGGGCACAAACUCAUGGUGGCCCCUGCGAUUGCGGUGGAUGCAGACAUUGGAGUGCGGACAGAGCCAGCAGGCAAGGGCAGCUUUGAUGGUGCUGGCAGCAGCAGCAGCAGCAGCAGCAGCUCGUGCACGUUGCACCGGCAUGCCAGUGACAACAACACCCUUAUCGUCACGCAUGCCAUUGCAGACAGUGCGCAGCAGCCAACGCACACGAUGCAUUUGUUCAGCACGCUGCUGGCUGGGCACGAACGCAUGUGGUCGUCGUUCCGCGUGCGUUGCGAUGAGUGCUCGCUCAGUGCUGCAAAAAAAGGGCGCGUGCGGCUGAUGGUGGAACUGACGCCCGGCGAUCGUGGCGCUGGCGGUGGUGGCGGUGUGGUCAAGUUUCCGCUUCAUCUCUCACGCCACGACGCGUGCCCAACGUAGUUAAUUAUGAACAGCAUUGCCUGCAUGCACAAGUUCGUGUUAUGGUGGUGGUGUUGGUGGUGCUCACUGAC